AUGCUCUCUACCACGUUGCAUGAGGAGGUGAUUGAGGGCGUGAAACUUCUCGUUCGCCAGAGGAUUGGCUCUAUUGCAAAACUAGCAGGUGCCUGCAUUGUUCCUGGCCUGCCUAAAACAAAGUCGGGAAAAAUCGCAAGGGCCAGCCUAACUAAUAUGGCCUCAGGAUCCUCAAUAUUAGUAAGACUUUAUAAAGAAAAUACUUGA